AUGUUAAACAAAAUCAGUCAACUUUAUCGACUUUCAAAUCUUAAAUUGCAUUAUCCAAAAGGAUUUGCAAAGAUUUUUAAGAUCCCUCAUCAUGCCACUACAAGUGAUAUUGUCUAAUUAAUCAAAUAAGAAGAGCAAAGUUUCUAAAAUGUUAAAAUUACUAUGGGUGAUAAGGAUAUGACAGAUUAAUAAUUACCUUUUAUAGAUUUAGUGUUGCAUAACACUCCUUCUAUUAAUAUAGAUGAUGUUAAUUUCUCAUAUGAAUUAGAUUUAAAUGGUUGUGCACCAUAUUAUAUGAAUUCUGAAUUAGAAACAGCUUUUGGAUAACUUGAGAUUCCUUAUUUUGAUUCUUUAGUGAUUGCUAGAUUCCAUGAAUUAAUGGUUUAGUAACUGAAUCCUAAUAAAUAAUCACAUAGUCCAAUUGAAAUUGAAAAUGCUAUUUAAAAAGCUUUGGCAAAAUUUGCAGAAGAAAAUGCUACUACUUCUUAAUUCUGGUAAUUGUAAUAGACAGUGUUGUAGAAUUUGGAUUAAGUAAUAGUAUACUAUGAGAAAAUAGUAGCUGAAGUAACAGAUGAAGCAACUAAAGUAUUUUAUACAUAUAUAUAAUUAUAUAGUAAGGUCAUAAAUUGUUAAAAUAACUAAUAGUAUUUGCUUUGAUUUAGUAUUUCUUUCUACUUUAUUUGACUUAUGGAAUUUAUGAUUGGGGUGUUUCAGAACCAAUAUCAUAUUUGUUGGCAUAAGUAAUGGAAACAGUUGCCUUGUUUUAUUUUAUUAAAAAAGGAAGAGCAUUCAAGUAAACUCAUUUAUUUAAAAAUAAAUUUGAUAAGACAUUCUAUGAAUUGAUUAAUAAGAAAACUAAUUCAACAUAUUUUAUGAAAGAUCUUGAAUUUGCAAAAUUAAAGGCUGAUCUUAUAUAAGCUAAGAUAGUAUAUGGUACAACAUCAAUUUGA